AUGACAGAAUUCAGCGAAGAUUCAGGCUUCGAGCACAACUCAGAAGACGAAGUCCUUGUAGAUGUGGAUGAAAAAACUCCUACUCCCUUGAACUUUGAUUUUCAGCUGAAAGAAAAGGUAGAUUCCGUAAUAAUCCCUCAUAUCCCAUUAGUGGAAUCUGGACAUAGUUUAGAACCUGAUAUGAUAUUUGGGUAACCCUUAUUUAGUUGACGGCCAAACUCGCUUCUGCAGAAUGGCCCAAUUCCUCUAUCAUUUACCUAUGACCAAAUCCCUGCACAAAAUCCUAUUUUUAACGGAUAUAGACCUGAGGACUCCCUUACUCCACCCCUCCAUGAGUGAACAAAACCAUUAGAAAAAUCUCUAUUUUUGUCCAAAAAGCCACCUCCUGAGUGAACAAAAAUCUUUUUUAAUAAAAAAAAUUGAUAUAUAAGUAAUAAUUAAUAUAAUGAAAUCUCGAGCUAAUUCUGUUUAAUUUUAAACAAAUUGCACUUUAGAACAUAAAUUUUAUAAAUUAAAUUAAUAUUUGCUUCCAUUUUUGCAAAUUAAGAUUUUUUUUAAAAUUUCGAAAAAAAAAAUUUCUAUAUAAAUUUUUAUAAAAACAAAAAAUUAACACCCUUCAUGAGUGGACGGACAAAAUUGUUUUGCUCACUCUCGGAGGGGGGAUUUAGAACUCAAUGAAGCUUUUUCAGGACUUGAAACUUAUAAGUUUUCUAUCAAUCCAAGAAUAAAGCAUGCUUGAGAACUUGUGAAAAAGAGUCAGACUAAGCCAGAAGGUCCUCCUUUUACAGGAAUGCGAGAAGGACUGCCACCAAGCGAGCUCGAAUUUUCAUCGAAAUUUGAAUGUGGGAAUUUAGACCGAGUUGAAAAAGCGAAGGAAAAUGAAUAUGAUUUGUAUUUAAGGACUGAUUCAAACACUUAUGGACAUAAUCAAUGGUAUUACUUUAAAGUAUACAAUAAAAGCGGCAUGAGAGAGGUCAGGUUUAAUAUAGUCAAUUUUUCUAAUCCUUCCGAAGAGUCCAAAUUUUUUUGCUCGCUUAUAGAGGGAUUAAUUUUUAUUUUCUUAAAAUUGUCUCUUUUGCGAGGCUUUUGGAAAGCAAAAAUAUAUUAAAAUAUUAAUAUAAAAUUUUUCUGGAUUAAAUUCGUUGAAAGUGUUAAUUUUUCAAAGUAGAAUUUUAGGCUGAGGAGUAAAAGAAAUAGCUUAUACACGCAAGGAAUGAUGCCUUGCAUUUAUAGGGAAAAAACUGGAUGGAUUAAAGGUGGCUAUGAUAUUGUAUAUACUCAUAGUAAAGUAAGCAGAUUAACAAAUAACCGUCAUUACUAUUCAUUGUCCUUUUCUUUUGAAUUCAAGGAUAAUGAUGCAGUCUUUUUUGCUUAUUCAAUACCUUAUAGCUAUACAAAAUUGUGUAAAUUAUUGAAAGAGCUUGAAAAAUGUGAAUUUGUGAGGAGAGAAAUGCUUUGCAAAAGUUUGGGAGGAGUUGAUACACCUAUAUUGACUAUUACAGAUUUUAAUAACACUUAUGAAAAAGAGUUUGUUUUUAUGACAGCAAGGGUUCAUCCAGGAGAAACUCAUGGAUCUUGGGCUAUGGAAGGAUUUUUAAAUUUUAUUACAGGGAAUAGUAGUAAAGCUAAAAAACUUACUCUAUGCGGUUAAAAGUAUACUAAACAUAGUAAGUUAAUUAAAGUGUUAUAAGGCCAUAAGCGGAUAGGCCACUAGCUUGCUUAUCUGGCGUAAGCCCACCUAACCUAAGGACUCCCUAGACUAGAGCAACGUCUUGCAGAUGCCCUGUUAGUCCCGAUAAGCAAAGACUAAGUGGGAGACAAAACCUAUCUAGCCCAAGCCCAUCUAGCAGGGGCAUGAAAAACCUUCGGGGGAGAAAUAAACUUCCCUGUUCGGUAUUAUUUACAGCUUCAUCGGGACAGGUCAACAUGCUCAUAGGGAGUGUGUUGAGUCUAUCUUCCGUCGAUGUCACCAUUUUAUUUUCUAACUCCCCCCCCCCCUCCGUGAGCGAACAAAAAAAUUUUGUUCGCUCACGGAGGGGGGUUUAAUUUUUUUUUUUUUAAAAAAAUUUAUAUAUAAAUUUUAUAAAAAAAUAUUUUUUUCGAAAUUUAAAAAAAUCCCUAAUUUGCAAAAAUUGGGAAGCAAAUAUUAAUUUAAUUUGCAAAAUUUAUGUUUUUAAAACGCAAUUUGUUUAAAAUUAAACAGAAUUAGCUCUAGAUUUCAUUAUACUAAUUAUCACUUAUAUAUCAAAAUUUUUUUUCCAUUAAAAUUUUUUCUAUUAAAAAAAUUUUUGUUCACUCACGGAGGGUGGGUUUUUGGUCAAAAAAUGGCGAUUUUUCUAAUGGUUUUGUUCGCUCACGGAGGGGGGGGGGGGAGUAAGCAUAGUAAGAAAUAAAUUUUUUUAGAAAUAAAUUAGCAGAUAAAAAUUUUUUGAGAAUUUUAUAAUGAAGAAUUAGGAAAAAAGUUGUGUUUAAAAUAGUCCCUAUGCUGAAUAUCGACGGAGUGAUCGCUGGAAACACACGCUGCUCCUUGACAGGAGAAGAUCUUAAUCGAAGCUUUCAAGACCCAAACCCAAAACUAAACCCAGUCAUAUAUUCUCUCAAAAAUAAAGCAAUACAAAGAAGCCUCAACAAAAAACUGACUUUUUACUUCGAUCUCCAUGCUCACUCAACCAAAAAAGGAGUCUUCAUGUAUGGGCCACAUUACCCUCUUCAUUCUGACAAAUACUACAAAAUCAAAGUCUUUCCCAAACUCGUCAGUGAAAUAACAGACAUGUUUCGUUAUUAUUCUUGUCGAUUUCGUAAUGAGGCUGAAAAGCGUAAAACAGCCCGCUUGGUAAUGUGAAAGGAGCUUCAGCUGCCAUGCACCUAUACAAUUGAGACUUCAUCUCAUGGAUAUUUAGAUGCAGAAAGAAUAACUCAUCCAUUCACUGAAGAAAGCCUACACAAACUAGGCAAAUAUUUAGGAGAAACUUUACUAGAGUACAUUGAGAUUCGUGAUAGAGAUCUAGAAGACCAAGAAUUAAGAAGGUUUGAAAGGCUAAAAAAGAGGAAUAAACUGACUGAGAGUGAUGAAGAAAAAGAGCUACGAAAAGAGCAAGAAGCUACAGAAACUAUCCCUACAGCCCCACAAAAAAAGCGAACAAUGGCAGAUAUAAUAAACAGUAUAAAAGAUGACCUGCCAUACACUGAAAGCGAUUCUGAUAGCUCUGAUUCAGAAGAAGACGAGUAUAGUGUAGAAAGAGAAGAAUUAGAAGUAGAGACAAAUAAAAUCAUUCUGAAAGCGUUCAGAAAAGUUGAAAGCUUAAUUGAAUCACCAUUAAUCAUCAAAAGUAUACAACCGAAGAAAAAAAAAGCUGACUCAAAGGAAAAGCUUGCCAAACAUCCAAUGAGCAGCUUGGCUAAAUAUUUUUCAAGAGCUGCGAACUCUGCGUCAAAAAGUAAUAGAAGAAGUAUAAGGUUUAGGGCUGAAAGCGCAGUCCCAGAUCUUUCUCCUGAAGAUUUUGGUGCUCAGCCUUCAGAAACUCGUCCUGCGUCCCGCAAUCAAGAUUUUUCAAAAUUUUCUUAUUCUCGAGGCUUGCAAAAGUUGAAGACAAAACCUGCCGAUCUUUCUUUUGAUAAAAAAGAUAUGAUAAAGCCUAAACAUAAUAAGGACUCAAAAUCUCUUUGCCUGCCAGACACUACUAAGAAGAACAUUCCAUACGCUUUGAGGAAAGAACCUGAAAGAGUUUUCAUUCCUACUUAUGAAAGCAUAAAAAGUUCUUCGGAACCACAUGAAGAUAUCCGGCGCAACAGUCCUCUUAAACUCCGAUAUAAAAUUUCAAAUGAUCCGAUACAUCCUAACCAGCCCCUAAGCUUCAAGAAAAAAGCAAACUAA